GUCGUCGCGAUCACCAUGGAUGCAGCGCAGAGGAACCACCGCGGCCCCUCCAAGGACGCCGCGUCCGCGUCGCCGGCGCCGGCGGCGGCGACGCCUCUCUCGGGCGUCGCCGACGCGUUCGAGAAGCUGGCCGGCUCGCUGAGUGGUGACCGCUGGAGGAACGGCGGCGGGGGGAUCCGGCUGGACGCUCUCUGCGACGCCUGCGGUCCCGUCUCGGUCCUGUUCGGUUGCCUCGGGAUGGCCUUCAAGUUCGCCGAGCUGGAGUUCGUCUCCAAGGUGUGUGAUCUAAUGGAGGCAUCAAAAAAAUAUGGCACUUUAGAGAAAAUAAUUGAUUUUGAUGUUGCCAAUUGCACGGUGAAGAAGCAAGGAAGCCACACGCGGAAUCUUCGUCGGGUUAGGCUAGGUCUGGACCUCAUCAGAGCUUUAUUUGAGCAAUUUCUGUCUUCUCAUGACAACUCCUUGAAGGAAGCAGCUACCACAGCUUAUUCCCAGGUUUGUGCACCAUAUCACUCAUGGGCAGUCCGGACAGCAGUUUAUACAGGAAUGUAUGCCCUCCCGUCAAGGGAUCAGCUUCUGCUAAAGCUCAAGGAGAAUGAUCAUAGUGCAGAAAAGAAGAUGAGAAGGUACAUCAACGCCUGUAUCCCAGUGAUCGAGUACAUCGACAAGCUUUACCUAUGUAGGAACAUAACAUUGGAUUGGUGAUCUAGUGUGUGUGCAUGGACGGCAAACACAUGAUGGAUCACAAAGUGGUAGCUACGCCAAACUCGUCAUCAGCUCCAAUAGAACCCAACCCGUGGAAGGGAUCAUUUAACACUUAGUCAUUAGCGCAGGACGUACUUUCUUCUUGUAUGUAAUGGAACAACCAUUUUCUUUUCGUUUUCCUCCUUGAGGCUGUAAGCCAUUGUAGGAGGGGACUGCGUGGCCCAAACAUCAUCUUGCAGGAGCUCUGGUGCUCUACUAGCAAAAGGCCGUAUCUUUUAUGUUUUAGGGAAUAAUGCCCGCUAAUACUCAAUUACUCUUGAAAUUCAGAACUUUACUGGGUACGUUUUCCAUUCAAAAGUACUCGUAAUUGGUCUUUC